CUUUGAUGUUGUUUUCAACAAAGGAAAUAUAUGUGUUUUCCAAAGUCAUGAAAUGAGGCAUCUUUCUCUUGCUCUUGACAAUGGCUCUGUCACUGGCAUGGCUAGUGGUGGAGUCUCCACUGAGCUGCGGGUGCUUUAUCAGCCCAACCGCUGUGUACUUCUUGAGUCAGCACUGGUUCCUGGUCACACAGUUAUUUUUGAUCGUCAUGGCAAAAGAGCUGAUGAAUCAUCAGCAGGCUAUGCAGACCUUUCAAAAGAAUUUGUAGUUUUUGUCAAGGGUAUGUUCCUCAACAGUGCUGUGGUUCUACUUACUACGAGUCUAUGCCAGGCCCUGUGUCUCCAGCCCGAUGGGAGCUGCACUGGAGUGGGAAACCAGUCUGAAAGAUCCUACUGGAAGGUGCAUAAAAUCAGCUCUGGGAUUUUCAUGUUUGAAAGUGUGAAAAAUGCACAGAUGUAUCUGAGGAUUAAGGAUGGCCGGUGUGAUGGAACAGGUACAGGAGAUACUGACUGUCAUUUUAAGAUUAAGAAGAACUUGGAAAAUGCAUCUAUAAGCCUGGAAUCUACGAAGAACCCAGGAUUGUUUGUUGGACUUCAGUCAGAUGGACAGGCAAAACCAGUUAUUUAUACCAAGAGUGGAAAUGUUUUCUUCUAUCCGCAAGUCAUCAAAUUUGGCAGAGAAAACCCAAAGUGUAUAUCUGCGACACCCAGCCAAGAGGAGGAAAAGAUCCGUAAGUCAAAAAAACAGCAAGAAACACCACCAGAAUCUGAGGCCAGAGGUCCCUUACUUUCUUCAACUGCAAAUAGUAACGGAAAAUAGACGUCUUGCUGACAACUCUAUGAUACUAUCACAUCAACCAGAGGGAAGAGAAAUUAGCCUUUUGAUUUUUGCUGCAUUGGACUAGGACCAGUUUUAUAUUUCCAUGUUAUAUCAUGAAUCCGUGGAGCAGUGUGACAAAUAACACUGCAUGAGAAACAUGUGCUUAAAAUUUUUCGCAGAAGGAGAAUUCAAUCUUGUGUCAGGAAAUAAUGGCACCUAAAUCUAGGAUGGCCACCUCAAGUAAAAUUUGACUUGGUUCAAAAUAUCAUGCUAGCUGAAAUCUCUAGGAAUAGACACUUUUUUAUGAGUAGCAAAAUGCUUAAGAGAAAAUCUAUCUUAUGAAAAUUUGUCUGUUCUGGCAAAAACAUUUAAAAAAUGUUACUAUUGUUAAUUUUUUUUUAAGUUUAAGGUGCGCAACAUGAUGAUUUGAUACAUUUGUAUAUUGCAGUUGUAGCAUUAGCUAGCACCUUUAUCAUGUCGCAUAAUUAUCAUUUCAUUUUCUGACAGGAAUAAUUAAGAUCUAGUCUCUUAGUAAGUUUGAUGUUUAUAAUACAAUAUUGUCUGUAAUCACUAUACUGUACAUUUGACCUCUAGGUCUUAAUUAUCUACUAGUUCCAAGUUUGUACCCUUAAACAUCUCUCCUAUUCCCCAUACCCCCUCCUCCUCUCAGCCCUUGG